AUGCCUGCUGUUGAAGGCCCGGCCGCCGCUGGCGGGACAGGAGGAGGGGGCGGGGUUAUGAUGCUGCCUUCACACCCCUUGUAUUAUUUCUCCACACAUAACGCAUUGCGGGGGGCAGAUGGGGAAGACUUGCAUUUCCGCGUUUGCUUCGAAGAACUUCAUGGCUCGCGCUCUUGCGAGCUAGAUGUUUACCCCUUCUACGACGUACAAAUGGUCAAGAGGCUCCUCAUCAAAAAGCUUAGGCUCCCCGCCUCUAUGCAGGUAAAAGACGUACGUUUGAUAUUCAGGGGGAGUGAAUUGCCCAACUGGCGACCCAUGACCGUCUUCUUCGAAAAUCCGGUCAAACGGCUGCUGUGGGCUGUUAGGGGAGGCAGUGCACAGGCUUCCAUCAGGCCUUUUGCGCGCAGCCAGACCUUUCGCAGCAAAGAGCUCCUUAGGAUUCUUGAAGAAGUCCGCCUUGGCUUUCGCAGGAACGUGGCGCCAAAACUGACUAUGGAUGGCACUGGUGGCACCUACAUUUUGUUUGACGGCCGCCGGAGGCCAGUGGCUGUGUUCAAGCCUGAGGACGAAGAAGCCUUCGCCCCGUGUAAUCCACGAGGUUACGAGGGGCGCCUGGGUCAGCAGGGGCUGCGGGGAGGAGUGCUAAGCGGAGAGGGGGCGGGACGGGAGUUCGCAGCUUACCUUCUUGACGCGAGCUAUGGCGGCUUUGCUGGCGUUCCAGCAACUAUGAUGGUGGAGGCGUGCCACCCGGCGUUCUGCAGCAAGGGCCAAAUCGAAGUCGACGGGGACGUAAUGAUGAAUUCAUACGUCCGCAGCGAGUCGUCGCCAAGCGUUUCAUGGAAAGUUGGCAGCUUUCAGGCUUUCGUGGAGGCCAAGGAGUGUGUCGGAAACUUUGACGCUCGGCUCUUCUCGGUUGGCGAUGUGCACCGUAUUGCGAUAUUUGACUUGCGUGUCAUGAACCUGGACCGGAAUGACAGCAACAUUCUGGUGGCUCCUGUGGUGGGUUACCAGAAGGAGUCGUCUGCUGGCAGCAGCUCUCGUAGCCUGCGUGCCUCAGGUGGGGUUGUGAAACAGAUCCAGAGCAAAUUGUUGCGCAGUGUUUCUGCUGUGGGCUCUUGCGGGACGCAACUUUGCGUGGCUGACAAGGCAGCAGUGGCAGGUGCGGAAACAGCAGCCUCAGCAGCGUCCGGGGUAUUGACACCCGAUGGAAAACCAACGAAGUGGUCCAACCGCAGGUUUCGCCUUAUUCCCAUUGACCACGGAAUGAUCUUGACGGACGUUCUCGAUGUGGCGACCCUUGACCUAGUUUGGUUCGACUGGCCCCAAAGCAAAGAACCGUACAGCGAAAGCGAACUGCGUCUGAUAUAUUCAUUCGACGUGGAUAAGGACUUGGAGCGUUUGUCACGUCGGGUUGCCUUGAGGGAUAAUUGUCUGAGAACGCUUCGGCUCGCCACGAAGCUGUUGCAAAUCUGCGCCCGCCACCACUUGACAGUUCGGGAGACGGCGACGAUUGCAGUCCGCGACGACUUCGACGUACCUUCACCUUUGGAGCACCUGAUUCGACGAAGCCUAGAGAUUUCUUACCUUGCCUUGGAUUCGACGUCGUUAAUGAGCACGAACAGGCUGGGCUUCGGGAUAAUGGAUCUUGCCGAGUUGCAGGGGGACCCUGGGAAGCAGCAGGGGAGGCGCACGUCGUUCGAGGCGAAGCUGAAGAAAGCCUUCAGGAAGAAGAAAAGGGCUGGGGACGAGGAGCCUGUGGAGGAGCAAGCUGUUGACGGAAAUGGAGUUUGCAGUCGCUGCGGUGGCCUCGUUCCUGCUGCUGGAGCGACCGCAGCAACCCCCCGUGGCAAUACCUCAGUUAGUUGCACAGUUCCAUCAACAGUUGAUGCGGACGGGGAAUUAGACAGUGAAGACCUGGAGGAGAGACCACUUGUCCGUUCCUGCACGACCAUUGAGGCGUGGAGCGACGCGCGCUCCCCAGUAGGGGCACAUGCUGCUGCGGACGCUUGUGGCGAACCAAGAGAGUGUCGCAACACCGCUGCUGCAGCUCUUGCCCGAGGAACAGCUCAACCAGCUGACCAGCGUCUCACUGCAACUGAGAACGCUGGGGAGCUGGCGCCUCCUGGGAGGGUGAAUGCAGAAGGUGGACGACAAGCUUCGGGCGGCAUUGCGCCUUGCCGAUGCGGGGAAAGCGUUCAGCGGCGCAGCAGCAGCAGCAUCGGCGAUUCUGUGGACAGCAGCAGCGACAGCGAGCUAAGCAGCAACAGUCUGAGCACAAGUAGCAACGACGGGACGCAGGGUAGCUGGACGAGCAGCCACAGUGACGAGGACAGCAGCAAGUCGGCAUCGGAAGUGGAGUCACGGCUGGCGCCCCCCACCUUCGGUAGCUUCCAAGCACCGGGGGCGGCUGGAGGGCCCCUAAGGCACCUUCCUAGCGCUGCCUUGUUCCGAUACCCAUCGGGGGAGCCGCGCCCUGUAGGACGCAAUAAACGGCGAACAGCCCGUAACAGAAGACGCAAGACAGAAACAGAGACAGAGACAAAGACGGACGAUGCAGCCGCUGCUCUCCCCUCGCCACCUCGCAAUGAAGCAGCCGUGUUUGGCAGCAGACACACGAAGGGCACCGUCAGACGGCUUAACGGGACGGCGCGAGGCACCGGAUGCCGGCCAAAGAAACAACCAUCAGCGACGACAAGCACGUGGAGUCUGACGGACUCGAGCGGUCGUGUGAUUCUGCUCGACUGGCGUGACGGCCGCCUUGAGAAGCUUUUUUUCGAGGUGUACGAAUCUCUGCUAAGACAGCACAUAGUGCACAACCAUCCUCAGUGGUAUACAUACCCGUACAACGGAGAGGCGAUUGAACGAAGCGAACGUAGACAGCAGACGUUUCGUCGGGAGGAGAGCGCGACGGUUGCCACACCGGUUGUCGCCGCGCCAACAGUGCAAGCAAAUUCGCAGCGAGUCCAUGCAACAAACACACAGCGCAGGCUUAGCUCUGAGGCAAGUGAUGAUGCCAGUGCCGCUGCUGCAGGCCCCCAAUUAACAAAUAAACAUCUCAGGGCUGUGCAGCAACCACAACCACCGUCACCAGGGCAAAACGCUGACAGGGCGCCAGCAGCAUCUCGCCAGACGCGCUUCAACAUUUCACCAGAUGCCUAA